AGUCUACAACCACGGUGAAAUACCAUACGCAAAUAAUCAAUCUCUCUCGAAGGCAAAAGCAAUGUCCUGAACUAGGCCGAAGACUGGCAAUAUCUAAAGCAGUCAAAGGGGUAGUUCCGGUUUGAAUCGCCCAGCAAGCUGCGUUCAGAGCCAACUUUCUGUCAGUGUCGCUCAGGAGGCUGAUAUAAUUCGUCGGUUACGUGUGUAAGGCAACCGCGCCAUGUUGGAUUCGACCAUGGCGGCGGUGCCGCUCAGUCACCCCCUGAGUCACAUAGUGAUUGACCAUGGUGAUGAUGAUCUUGACAAGGUCUCGUCCAUCCCGCCACACCCACUCGGUAUCAAGCCCCUCGGCAACAAGUAUUUCUCCAAUAGCGACGAUGCCCGUGCAUCUAUAGGCACCUUUCAGGUGCUGCCCGAUGAGGUGCUCAUGCAGCUCCUUGAAUUCAUGGAUGAACGGGCGUUGAGGCUGUUGGGCUACACAUGUCGGUUUCUCUUUGCCUGCGCCAGGUCCGACGACCUUUGGAAGACAAUCUUUCUAGAGUCAGAACUUGGCCAAAUAUCCUCCUUCAAGUGGCGCGGAUCAUGGAGAGCAACGGUUCUGGGACUGUCCCCUGAACAUAGUGUCCGGAUAGACUGCGGCAACGUCUUCUCGGACGUGUUGCACCGCCCAUUUGUCUGCAGUCAUAUCUCUUUGCAAGCCUAUACCAAGAGCAUCCCGGCAGCCAACCAAAUUAAAAGGCUUCAAGACCUCUCGUACGACGAGUUUGCGGGGCAUUGGAGCAGGAAGCCGUUCAUCCUCACCAAAUGCAUCCAGCCAUGGCCAGUGACGAGUCGUUGGAGCAUAGAUAGCCUGCUUGCUCAAUAUGCGGAUGUUGUGUUUCGAGCAGAGGCUGUGGACUGGUCGUUCGCAACGUACUGCCAGUACAUGCGUGACAACCAAGACGAGAGCCCUCUCUACCUCUUUGACCGGAAGUUCGCCGAGAAGAUGUCGCUGGAGAUUGGUAAAGGAGAGGGGACAGCGUACUGGAAGCCCGACUGUUUCGGACCGGAUCUGUUUGAGCUUUUGGGAGCGGAGCGGCCGGCACACCGGUGGCUCAUCAUUGGACCCGAGCGCAGCGGAUCUACCUUUCACAAGGACCCCAAUGCGACGAGCGCCUGGAACGCUGUGAUUCAGGGAGCCAAAUACUGGAUCAUGUUCCCACCGCAGACGGCUGUCCCCGGGGUGUUUGUUUCCAAAGACAGCAGCGAGGUUACAAGCCCACUCAGCAUUGCCGAAUGGCUCCUAGAGUUCCACGCUGAGGCACGAAAACUGCCGGAAUGCAGAGAAGGAAUCUGCCAUGCUGGCGAGAUCCUCCACGUCCCGAGCGGUUGGUGGCAUCUGGUGGUGAACUUGGAGGACGGGAUUGCCCUGACACAGAACUUUGUGCCCGAAUCUCACCUUGGUAGUGUCUUGUCUUUCCUGAAGGACAAGGCAGACCAGGUGUCUGGUUUCAAGAAGGACAUCACGGACCCGUACAGCCUCUUCGUCGAGCGCCUGAGGCAGCAGCGCCCAGAGCUCCUUGAGGAUGCGCUCAAGCAGUUGAAAGAGCGGAAGCGGCGGUGGGACACUGUUGUGGGCGAUGACGGGGGCCAACCUCAAAAGAAGAGCACUGCUGGCUUUAGUUUUGGGUUUGCCUUCGGGGAUGAAGACGACCAAGAGAUACCAUAGACCAACCUCGGCUGGGUUCAUCAAUGCUAAGAACGGAAACGCUGAGGUUCGGAAACAAACCAUCUCACCUCUGAGUGAAACAACACAAAGAGGAAUUUGCCCAUCAAGUCCAACCUCUUUGAUUGCACCAUGCAAACGCUUCUUUAUGGACUGGUAACCGCCUGACCAACCCCUUCCCAUCGAGGUUUGGCAGAACAGUACUGAGGUACUGGCUUAGUGGUAUUAGUACUAGGAGGUCACGCACCCAGUGGGUGAGAUUCUGGCAAGUGCCAGCACUGUAGGUCAGUUAUUAGCGUCUUUGCUUUCCGUAAGAAAUCCUGUAUCGUACCGUACUGUACUGUACUACCUACUUAUCAAUCACUCC